CGUAUCUUGACUUAAGAAAGCUUCUUUGUACCCUCCCCAUGCAAACACAAAAAAGCAUGAAGGACACGCUAAUGGUGAUAGUGACCACAUUAACAGCUCACUGAAGGGACGUAUUCGGACGGUAAAAAAGAUAAUCAAUAAAUAAAAAUGUCGGACAGAAUCGUAGAUGAGGAACCAGUGGCUGUCACUCACACAGGACCAAAGGGUGUCAUCAAUGACUGGCGUAAAUUUAAACUGGAGAGCAUGGACCAGGAGGCUCUGCCUCCCAGCAAGAGAGAGCUGAUAAGACAGAUGUCGUCCCCCCACAAACCCAGAGACUCCUGUGUGGGUGGAUUCAAUCGCAAGAUGAGCGCUCAGGAGUACGAGCUGAUAAAAGAAGAUGAUGAGAAAAGUCUGCGUAAGUACCGCAAGCAAUGCAUGCUGGAGAUGCAUGAGCGCCUGAGCUUCGGGCCCAAAUUUGAGGGGGUGUACGACCUUGACAGUGGUGAGGACUUUCUGGAGGUCAUUGAGAAGGAGCACCGUCUCACAGUGGUGGUGGUGCACAUAUAUAAAGAUGGAGUGCAGGUGUGUGAGGCACUUAACAGUUGCAUGGAUUGCCUGGCCACAGAAUAUUCAAGCGUUAAAUUCUGCCGCAUUAGCGCGGCUGCCACUGGAGCUAGCGAGCGUUUCCCAGAUGACGUGCUGCCCGCCUUGUUAGUGUACAAGGCUGGAGAGCUUCUGGGGAACUUCCUGGCUGUUACGCAGCAUUUCAGCGAGGAGUUCUUUGCUACCGAUGUAGAAGCCUUCCUCAAUGAAUAUGGACUGCUGCCAGAGAAGGAAUGUGGCCCUGGAGCUGAUGAGGAUGAAGCAGAUGUGGAGUAAUGAAAAAUGGCAGAGAGUAGGAGUGGAUGAAAUGUAUGGAAGGAAUGUUUUUCUGAAUAUGACAAGAAUAAGUUUCAUUAUUCUUCCAGCUAACAAGAUGAGAUGCAUCCGUGUGCACAUGCAUCUCAGGGUAAAGAUCUCUUUGAGAAUUGUAGAGAAAAAACUACUGAAUGUUUUGUACAGUACAAGAAAUGGAAUCAAGUCAAGAAAGAUAAUGAGAUAUUAAACUAUCAUGUUUUCUCAUAUAAGCAAAUAGACAAUUGCAUGAAUAUGGAUUAGAGAAGAAUUAAUUAGUGUCAUGUUUCAUGCUUAUGCACAUAUUUAUGUAAAUGUGAUUGCAUGUAGCAAAAGAUGAUGCAAAUAAGAAUGGUCCAUAAUUGGUUUUAGAGCUCUUUCUUUCAAAGCAGCACAAAACAUUGUAUUUUCUAUUGGCUUACAAACUGUGAAUUGCUUCUUUUUUCAUGUUACUUGUUACCACAUUACUUGUGGAAUUAUUGUGAUGUUUUUAUCAGCUGUUUGGACUCUUAUUCUGACGUGAUCAUUUACUGUGGAGGAUCCAUUGAUGAGUAAGAGAUGUAAUUUUAAAUUUCUCCAAAUUUGUUUGGAUAAAGAAACAAACUCAUUCACAUGUUGGAUAGCAAAUCGAAAAAUAUUUAUUUAACCGAUGCUUGACCAUGAUUUUCGGGAUGUACAGAAAUUUUGUAAGGUUCAAGAUAAGCAGAAUACCAAGUCAAAUUUUAUUCUCUGUUGGGGAUGGUUUUAACCUCCUUACUGCAAACUGGUUUGGCUGGAUUUUGCAUGAACCAGGAGAUUUUGAUGUAAACUGUAUUUUUAGACAUACGUAAAUAAAAACAACUGGAAACGUUCAA